AGCGGGUGGCAGCGGGUGGCAGCGGGUGACAGCGGGUGGCGGCUGUCCCUGCCUCCUCCGCCGCACGCUGAGCCGCUCCUGCCCAUCCUCCGGGAGCAGGGCACAGCCAGCCCGGCCGCCUGCAGGUGUCUCCCAGCGGAGGAGGCUGCGGGGCCCCUCGGGAGGAUGAAGAGCGCUCCCCGAGCAGAUGUUCACUCUCCGCUGGCGCUCCCGGGGAGGCAGAGCCGCCCCGCCGCCCUCAGCGCGCUGAAGCUCCGCGGCUGCGAGAGGCCGGCCCCGCUGGCGCUGCUCUAACCCGCACCGCCGCGAGUGCAGGGGAAGGAUGGGAGUCUGCCCGCACAGCCUCCUCCGCCGCCUCAGCAAAGGAUUGCAACAAGCUGAGAGUUUUGGUGCCUGGACAACUGGAUUCUGAAUCGUGAGAGGCUUUGAAACCCCCCCCCUCCCAAAUAAAACAAACCCCUUUGACUUCUUCUCUCAGCAGGAGGGGGAGGGAGGGCGGAUUUACCAUGAAGACAAAUCGAAGAUGCAGAGCCCUGCUAGCAGUGAGUCUGAAUCUGAUGGCUCUCCUCUUCUCUACAACAGCUUUUAUCACGACCCACUGGUGUGAGGGCACACAGAGGGUCCCCAAGCCGAGCUGUGGGAAAGAGAAGAAGACAAACUGCCUCAACUACGGCGGGAAUGAGACUGCAAAUGAGACGAACCAGAAUGUGGUUCAUUACAGCUGGGAGACGGGAGAUGACCGCUUCCUUUUCAGGUAUUUCCACACUGGGAUCUGGUACUCCUGUGAGGAAAAUAUCAAUGCUGCUGGUGAAAAAUGCCGAAGUUUUAUUGACCUUGCCCCGGCUUCUGAAAAAGGUGUGCUGUGGCUCUCAGUGGUGUCCGAGGUGUUGUACAUCCUGCUGUUGGUCGUCGGGUUCAGCCUCAUGUGCCUCGAGCUCUUUCAUUCAAGCAGUGUCAUAGAUGGGCUCAAGCUAAAUGCCUUUGCUGCUGUCUUCACUGUGCUUUCAGGUCUCUUGGGGAUGGUGGCACACAUGAUGUACACUCAAGUUUUCCAAGUGACAGUCAGCCUUGGGCCAGAGGACUGGCGACCACAUUCCUGGGACUAUGGAUGGUCCUUCUGCCUGGCGUGGGGCUCCUUCACCUGCUGCAUGGCUGCCUCCGUCACCACCCUCAACUCCUACACUAAGACUGUCAUUGAGUUCAGGCACAAGCGCAAAAUCUUUGAGCAGGGCUUUCGAGAAGAGCAGAACUUCCUAGACCAGGAAGCCCUCAAGUACUUCAGAGAAAGGGCUGAGGAGGAGAGGGCUGAGGCUGGGGACCUGAGGUUACAGUGCCUCCAUAGCUGCUCCCCAAAUAGAAAGAUGUGUGCAGUUUCAUGCAUCUAUUUCCUUGGAAAGAAAGCAAGUGAUCCUUCAUUCAGCAGGAGGGAGCCUUGGGAGAGUGACUUGCUGGCUCUGCGCUGUUAAAAUUUGGAAACCUCAUGGCAAUUUGCUGCCUCUGUCUUGCUGAGAUGCACAUCUCAGCCACACACUCACGGAAGUUUGGUGUCUGUAACCCCAACCCCUGAGGGUCCUGCUCCCUCCCCAGACCUGCUGGAACAGCUCUCCAGUCCCAUGUCACUGCAGGUGGUGUCCCCACAGGCAUGAUAGUGCUGGCACUGCUCUCCAGCUCGGUUUGUCAUCUUGGUAACUCCUGCUCCUUGAAAAUGUCAUGUCAGUCAUGGACCUUUCCACAGGCAGAUCCUUGUCCUUCAUCCUCACAGGCCUGAAAAUGUCUGUUGGUACAGAACUGAUCUGGGUCACGUUUCCUGAGAAAGUUUCUCACCAGCCAAGCUCCUGGCAGGUGCUCAAAUGUGCUUUAUUUUAUUAUUGAAGCCUCUCCAGAGGUCUUUGUUUCAAAGAACCAAUAACAAGCCUUGACAAUAGGUGUUCCAAGGAACCAGCUCUGCUGGUCCUAUGGGCAGCCCUGUCCCAAGCGUUUCCAUUUUAAAGGACCCAGAGCUCAUCCCACAGAGUGCUGACAGCUCUGGGAAGGCAAACCCCAAACGAGAAGCCCAGAGUCAGGUAAAGAACAGUGGCCAUCCCUCAAUAUUCCAUCAGGCUCAGCCUCACAUCCAUUACCUUCUGUAAUGAAAUCAGAUCAAUAUUAAUGAAGUGACAGGAGUGAAGUUGUGCUCUCAGUUCACAGUUUACUUACAAAUCCAAUAGAAGCUGCAAAAUGCUCAUUAUCCAUGCUUAUUAGUGAGGGAAAACCAUUAGUUACUGCUGCUUGGGAUGGCACAAAGCCUCACAACGUUCAGAUGAACCUCUCCUUCCUCCAGCAAGACCACCAAGCCAUGACUGGCCCAGGCCUGAGCCCAGGAUCCUCCUUGGUGCUGGUUCCAGGGUCCCAUGCUCCCAGUCCUUGUCACAUUCCCCCUUCCAGGGGCCCGUGGCCAGCAGAGGAUUGAGAGUGGCAAGAGAACAGCGUGAGAAGGGCUUGGCUGAAGGCAGAGCAGCCACCACGGGCACACUGACCCCAUGGGGGCAUGGAAGAAGGGGACACAUCACCUGGAGCAGACCAACCCAGUGCCACCAGCAGAGGAAAUGCCAGCAGGUCACUGGGAGCACUCCACGGACACUUCCCACAGGGGUGGCCCCGUGCCAGCAGGACACCAGGAAGCACCAGCUGGAGUUACUCCUGCUGCUCUCCUCAACCAGCACCUCCUUCCCUGCAGGACCUGCCAGCUGCCCUCAGGAGUGCUCUGAGGAGGCUCCAGUCUGAGCCAAACUGCAGAUGAGGAACACUGGCUCAUCCUCAGGCAUUGGGAAUCUUUCUGUCCUCCCACGAAGACAAAACCUGUCCUUGUUGAGAGGAAAGGACUUUGGGGAAUGCCCCUGAGGACUGGAAGAGCAAAGGCUGUAAAGAGGAGAACGAGGCUGAGCAAUUGUGGAAGACAAACACCACCUGGCCAGGUGAUUUUGGAAGAGAAUGUUAAAGGUUUUGGAGCAGCCCAACAGCACUGUGGGAGCACAGGUAGCACAAAGGGCCUCAUGCCAGGGCAGGAUAUCAGGUUCUUCUGUUGGCAAGACUGAGCUCUCUGUUUUAAGAAGUGCCCUUAAAUUAUAAAUUACAUCAGAAGCUUGAAUUCAGGGGAGUCCCAAUCAGGACAAUGCAGUUAUUCAGUCUUGAUGAUUCGGUAUUAAACCACUUAAUGUCCAUCACUGAACUAUAAUUCUCUUUUAACAAGGUUAAAAAUAAAAUUAUUUUAUUUCCUUUAUGCCCCUUUAGCAGGGUUUAAACUUGCCUGAGCUGAGAACAGCACCAGGAGCUCUAACUAUAACCUGGCAUCCUCUGCUGUCCCCAAGGUGCCUUCCUGUGCACACAUAUGGCACUGGCCCCUAUACAUCUGAUACACCCGGAUAUACCAAAUUUAGCAUUUCCAGGCACUUUUAAAGUCUAUUUACUGUCAUUUUUGACCUUGGAGGUCUCAACUUUUUCUUUCAGAAGUGCAGGGCUGGGAGAUCUCAAUGCUCCAGCUGUGAAUAGUCACUGCACAAAAAUAUAGAAGUUUCACAUCAGGAUAUUUUCGAUGUUGUUGCACAGGUAUUUAUUAGCAAGAAAUGUUCACUGUUACUGGGCUCCAGCCAGCAAUUCUCCCUGAUUUCAGAUCUGUAUGUCCAUGCCACUUCCACCCUUUCCUCCAGAGCUCUCCUACCAUGAGGCAUUAACAUGAGGAGCAUGGAUCCCACGGGGCAGGUGGGAGAGAUGCAGAUGGUGAAUGUCAAAUGGGCAGAGAGAGGCAGGAGAAAUAUCACAAAGGACAAGGAGGGACAGGUGUGGUGGCAGAGCCAAAGAAGAGAUAAAUAGCCCAGAAGAGGAAGAGCUGAGCAGGAAACAGCAAAUUCUUACUGUCUGUGGCUGAAAGCUGUGGUGUUAUUUGAGGCAGAUAAACCCAGAGUUCAGGACACCAGCUUCUCUUGUAGAAAACUGAAAGAUUAUUCAAAAUUAAUUCAGUGUUAAAGAAAUAAUAUGUCACUGUUUUGGCAGCGUGGGCAUUUCAGAAGGGUCACCUGACAAAGAGGAGGCCUUGAAAAAAAUAGUUUUAUUCUCAUGUCAUCACCCUGUAGGCAUUUCCCCUGAGUCCAUCCCACAGCUCUUUUACCAUCCUCCCACCCCGGCUGUCUACAGUGAGAUUUAUGCAACCAAUCCCUCAGUGCUUCACUCUAAAGCAUAGUGUGUUUUUUUUCUAUUCAGACAAGUUCAUCAGAAGAACUCUAGGUUUAAAACACGGUGGAAAUGAUUCAUUAAAAUAAUGGAUAUCCACUGAGGGUUUUUUUUUCCUUCGGUCAUGAGCGCCAUGGAAGCAAAGUGGUGCUGGAUGUGCAGGCAACUUUCAAAAGUCUCCAGAAAAAGUCUGUAGCACCAGCUCAGCUGGAGAGGGCAAGGCACAGACGGCAGCCAAGGUCACUGUGACAACGGGGAACAUGCUUUAUAUGCUGAGCAGCACAGGCUGGGAGGCGGCAGACAACAAGGGCUUGACGCAUUUGAAGUGUCGCUCAAAGUUGAGCCAAGGUUUCUCCUUGUGGAGGUACCUGACAGCUGCAAUCAGCUGCCUAUUUCAUGUCACCAUUGAUUCCAACUCCGGGCCUUGCAAUUCUUCCUGUAAUUUAUUCAGUUCAGAGUGAUUCACCACAUUCAGAAAACGAGUGGGGAAAAAUCCCCUCUGAUAAAGCACCGGGUCGAAGAUCCAGCCCUGCUGCCCUGGCAGCAGUGGGAAUCUCAUUCCUGUCUUCAGGCAGAGCCUUGCCCACCAGGAAAUUCCACAACUAAAGGUCUCAGUUCUGUCCUCAUUUACCUCUGCUAACAUCCAGACUGACAUUUUGCUUUAACAUUGCUUCUUGAGCUACCAUUUUUUCUGCUUCCAAGAUAAGGAGGAUGAUACAAGUGAAUGCAGUCCCAUGUGCAGCAUGGCAGGCCAUGAAAACUAAGGGGUGGAAAAGGGAAGCAAAAUAAGCUGGCAGUUUAUAAUACAUUUUCUGUUUCCUCCAGUGCACAGGUGAAUUGAAAGGUUUCUUAUAUAAAUUUCAGUGGGAUUAGUUAUGAAACGUGCUUUCUGUCAUUCUUCUAAAUUGCAUCUUUCAAUAAAUGCUUCAUCUCCUACAGCUAAUCCUGGAUUUAUGCAAAAAACUCCCCAAACCACCCCCCCCAAAAGCCAACCCUGUCCCACACUGCUAAACAUGUGAAAUGAAGUCUUUCAGACUGUAUGUGCACCCAAAUAGCCUUUCACUUACUGUGCAUACCCUAUCCUCCCUGGAAUGUAGGCAGGGAUUGUUCUCAGAUCAUUUUACACAGUGAGAUAUUUUAGGAUAAAUACAUGUAAUUUUAACAGCAAAAAUGCAUUUUUGUUUUAAUUGCCUUAAAAUGGGGUUGUCUCUUGUCUCCCAGGUUCCAAAGCCUGAGCUACUGACCCUGACAUGCAAGGAAGGGGCAGCAAUCCCUCUGAGCCAAUUAACUCUGGUUUUCCCAUAAAAACCCUCAUUUUUAUUUAUGAGGGACUCUCCUGCAACAAGCACUAUAAAGUCAGUAGGAAAAGGGACAGCCCAGAGGGUCCAGUGGAAGAGAAGGAAGGUGAGGUGGGACUCAGAGGGGAGAGGAAUGACAGGAGAAAGGGGAACAGGGGGAGGAAUAAAUUAUUUUCAUAGUUAGGCAGAACCACAGAAUAACACAGAGUGGACAGGGACCCCGGAGGGCUCUAGUGCAGCCCUGUGCUCCCAGAAUGUCCAGGCUGGAUCAGGCUGCUUCAUUCCCUGUCCAGUUAGAUCUGAACACGUCCAAGGAUGGAGAUCCCGAUCUACCCCCCUGUUUGAACACCCUCGGGGUGAAAAAGCUUUUCCUCAUGCCCAGCUGGCAGUUCUGGCUCUCCAGUGCUGUUCAGCCAGGUUAAGAAGGCAAGGCAGUCCCAGGUGCUCCCUGGAACACGUGUGUGUUGUUUUCUCUCCUGCCCUUUACACAACCCAUUUUAUGAUUCCUUUUAGGCUCUGCUUUUAUGCGGUAGCUCUGUAACUGCCUGCAUUUCCAAUUAUAAAACCUUUAAAUUUGAUUUAAACCUGAUAAUUAAGCUGUGAUUUAGCAAAUUAACCCUAUUGAAGCCCAGAGGUGUGAGACAUGCUCUUUAGAACCUGAAAUGUUUGGUGUUUAAUUGCAUCCAACACUGAGAAGGUGCAGGGAGGAGAAGUGAGUGUGUAGCUGACAGGACAGGACCUCGUGUACAGAUCUCACACAUCCCAUCCAGAGCAGGAUUUGCUGCUGUCUUCCACCACAAGAAUUUCCCAGAUGCACAAAAAGACUCAGUUGGUCCCUGGCAUCACUACAAAAGCUUGUCAUGUCCUUUGGCUGUUAGAAAUCCUGCACCAUGAUCUGCACAGCCGUUGUCCUUGUGUUCCCCUUCAAGGUCAAGGCAUUUCCAGCUGCAUUCCCUACCUGUCAGGACAAUUCCAGGCCACAGGGGUGGAAUAUCUUCCUCUCCUGCUAUCAGUAUUGACAAACGAAGAAAAAUUUAGCCAUCCUCCAAUUCCCUGGGUUCCCAGGCAGUGCUCCCAGCAGACUGAAGCUUGAGGGCCCACAGAAGGAAGGCAGGUCUUCACCCUGGGCAGGAUGGGCAGGGAGAGGCGCCGUGGCCACCUGCAGCCAGGUUUUUGUGUUCUCACAGUCACAUGCCAGUAGCUUUCAUCCCUUCCUGUCCUUCCCCAGCACCGAAUCCUUGGUUCUCGCAGAGCUGUGUGACUUUUGGGAAGGAGAACGUGGAUGUCCCAGUGGUUCUGACAGAGGAUAGUUGAUAUGUGCUCAGUUGGCAGCAGGGAGGAGCUGGUCCUGAAUUCAUGUGCCUUAUUCUCAAGUGCUUUGCUCUUGGUCACGAGAAGCAGGUUUUAUACAGACACGAGAGGCAAAUCAGCCUGUGGGGAAAUGCAGUUAUGGGAAACAGGCUUAAAAUUGUCCCAAAAUAGGCCUGAAAUUUUCUUAUAAGCCUGUAGCCCAGUCCAGAGGAAAAAGUGUGUGUUUGUCUUUCUUUAGGGCUUCACAACACCCAGCUCUAAGUGUCACUAGCCCGCAGAGGAACAGGAGUGACCAUAAUGCUCAGAAAAUACCCCCAUUCGCUACGUCAAGCUCUUCCAGCAACACAUCAAGCAGCUCUUCACUUUCAUCAGAACCGACCAGCCAGAUCUCCAUGGUUCAGGAUCAAACCCUGCUGGACAUCACCUCCAUCACUAGAUUGGCCCCAGGGGAAUCACCAGACCCUCAACCACUUGAGCAAAGAGAUACAAAUUUAGCAAUAUCGUGUUCCAGCCCACUGGGAGCAAGGACUAUUCCAGCAUCUUGCCCAGCCAGCCUCAGGCUCAGUCUAACACCCAGCUCAGCCAAGCCACAGCAAUACUCUGACUCCUCUCCAGUCAGCCCAGGGAUCAAUGCAGCUUCCUUCUCCACCUUCUGUCCUCACACAGCACAAAACCUACGAGCUUCAGCUUCAGAUCACACACUGACCCCAACCAGGACAAGCACAAGGCCUCCAGCAACAGCGACUCCUGAAGAGAGUUCCCAGGCUCCUGGCUAUUCUAAAACUGAGUUAAAGAAUACAGGAAAGGGGUUUGAAUCAGAUCUGGAAGAUCCUGAUCAUGAGAGGAGAUUUGUAACCACACAGGAAUUCCAAGCCAUGGAGAAAGAGCUAGAGGAUGUAAAGGAAGACCUGAAAUGCCUGAAGUGGAAGGUGAGACACAUCGGGGAGACGGUGCAGCCCCUGGCCGAGGACAGCAAGAGGUACAACGGCUACACCCUGAUGGAGCUCAAGGCCAUGGUGCAGUUUGAGGAGGACCCUUACAAGGCUGCCCACAAGAUCCUCACCGCCCUCUUCAGCGACGUCUACUGGCCACAGCACCCGGCCUCCGAGCAGGCCUGCAACGCCCGCGCCCUGCCCAAGCCCAGGAUAGACCCAGAGCUCUACACGGUCUACUGUGACAUUCUGAAAAGCAUAUUCCCUGGAAUCAGCAGCCAGACCUUGAGGGAAGAGACACAACACGUGCAGAAAAGCGCGCAGGAAGCACCAGAGCCCGCAGGCGCUGUGGAAAGCUCGAGGCCCGUGGUGGCUUUGGAGGACUGGGCUGUGGCAGCCCCGCCGGUUGAGUCUGUCCCUUUUAGGUAGGGAUUGUCUGUGAAGGUGUUGGUGAGCUCUGAGCCCUCAUGCCACCCGCCCAGUGACACAGAGUGGGAGGGCAUCCUGCACUCUUCCCACGUUUUAGAAAACAAUUGCUCCUUUGGUGUCUCUUUCAAUCUAUGGACGUUUCCUUGUUUCCAGCAACUACAAAUGCUGACAAAAGAAUCCCACAGAGGCGUUGUACGUCCAAGCAAGGGCCUUCUCCCAGCCCCAAACAGACCAACCAACCAGCAUCUGGGUAGUUUCUA